AUGAAGGUUCUCCUGGCCCUGGUAACUGCGGUGAGGCAGCUUGGUCCGGGCCUUGCAGACGUCUGUGAGGUGCCCGACGCAACCAGCUUGCUGCACUUGAUGCGACAGGGGGGCCCAGAAGUCGGAGACCCAGAGAAGUACGAGGAACCCAGGGUAGGGCAACUCGAUCUCAAGAACAUCCUCAACAUCAUGGAGCACGACCUUGUGAAAGCCAAGGAGCGCUUGGAGGAGCUUUGCUCCAGGGCCGAAGGUGAAUCCAUGAAGAGUGCUGAGGCAGAUGAUGAUGAUGAUGACCAUGAUGACGCCAAGGAUGCCAAAGACCACCAGCUCAUUCGGCCCAAGACGAAGAAAGAAGGUAAGAUGACCAAAGACGAGUGCGCUGAUUUCCAAAAGCAGGUCCUGCGCACAUCGGUAGACGAGGUGGUUGAGAUGGCAAAGAAAUCGGCGGCUGCGAGAGAAGUUGACUUUGAUGACUCCAAGUACCGCAAGAAGCUCAAAAACAUGAUGAAGUCUUGGACCAAUGAAGGCUUGUCAUCCGAGAAGCUUCUGCCGAUCCCAGACGGACACUCCUCAGCGCAGUUGGAUGCGUCUUCUCAGCCGGGCCACAUCCCAAGCGCACUGGCAGAGGCAUCUUCUCACUCCAACUCCUCUGACUGGUCAGGCUCUCAAUCCAACUCCUCUGGCUGGUCAGGCUGGUGGAGGAACCUUGCCCCGUUGGAGUGCGCGGCAAACGAUGGAACUUGCAAGAAGUUGGUUCAAAUCGCAAACCAGUAUGCGUGGUCAGGGAACAUAGGACUCAUGCAAGCUUGGAUGAGGUCUGAUUUCUGUUGGAAGCACACCUACAGCAGGGGUGCGGGGAGAGGGUACUGGUGCAAACCAGGCUACACGCAGUGGGGUCUCAUGUGCUACCCAGAUUGCCCGGCUGGCUAUGGCCGAUCCGCGGACACUUGUUACGAGUAUUGUGCAGAAUGGUACAAUGAUGCUGGACUCUCCUGCGUAAAAGGAUGGCCACCCCACUGGUACUUCAAAAAGACGAUCUGGCUACCGGGCAGGAUGUUGUGGGAGGAAAGCGUGCGCAUGUGUCCACCAGAUCAUCCAGUGGAGUUGUCUGGUCUUUGCUACAAGGCUCCCAAACCAGGUUACACAUGUCACGUGACAGAGUGCUGGCAAGAUUGCCCAGACACUCAUCCCAGCGCAUGUGGAGCAGGUUGCUCAGCUUCGGAUGCAGCCUGUGGGGUGAAAAUUGCCGAGCAGAUCAUCGGUGUCAUUGGAGCUGCCAUCGAUACGGCAGUUCUGGUCAUGUCCUUCGGCUCGAGCGCAUCGUUAAAAGUCAUCACAGAAGUCACAGUUAAGCAGGAGCUGAAAAAGGCUGCUGUGAAGGCUGCGAGGCGUUUUGCCAUCAGGGUUUCCCAGCAGAAGUUCAAAAGAGCCUACCAGAAGGUCUUGGUUCAGCACAUCAUGGCGAGCAUGAAGGAUGCAAUCGUGUCCAAGUUCAAGGGGCACUUGAAAGGACUCACCAUCGGCCAAAUCAACCAGGCAGUUGCUUUCGCAGCCCGGUCUGGCUUAGGGUUGUCGGAUGUGAUGCUGGAGAAGUUGCAGAAAAGCAGUGACGAGGUCUAUGAGCAAGGGCUAGCAGCAGCGCGGUUAGACCUUGAGUGGAAAUGCGCGCAUUCUUCGGGGGGCCUUCUGUCCAUGGCUAACUGUGGCCACUCACUCAUCGACUACUUUCACUAUGUCGACGCCAUCACGGUCGGUUCAUUCCAGUUCGCCGAUCUGGACUUUGUAGGCGUCAGUCAGUUGAUUGACGCGCACAAGGGCGGCGAUGGGGUCGAGAUUGCUCAAGGUUGGCUAGAUGUGCUAUCGACCUUUGAUCCAACAGGUUGGCUUGCAGCAGCUUCGGCUUUCGUUGAGCCCAUUUGCACAGAUCUGCAAGGGUUCAAGUAUAUCUCGGACGAGACAUAUGAGGUGGAGAUUCCGUCUUCGGCGUGGGAUACCGUAACGCGGCCCUAUUGCCUUGGCGGUGUGACGUUUUCAUGGGUCAUUUGGUCGGACGAGCCAGGCCUUUGCUUGCCACCAGGACAGCUCGGGCGAGUCGAGUACGAAGGCAGACACUGCGGAAACAAUAAGAUUCAGUGGACAAGGGCAAAGACAAUUGACCGAGUACACCAUCUUCCUGAGUGGCAAUGUCAAUGGGAUUGGAUGGUGCAUCCUGACAAAGUCAAAUUUGCCGGCGAGUGCGGCACAGCCCCCAGCAUUUCUGGUGGAUUAAGCUUGCCAACAACGUGUAUAGACAAUGCUUAUUUGCCGCCCGCUAGUUUUAGCAUCCCGACAUGGGACGGCACUCAGUGGAUCAGCGAUUUUUAA